CAUGACAUGAGGGGAUAGCCUGCUCAGAAAUCUUUCCCUUUCCUUAGCCUUCCUUGAUGCCUGCAGAUUCUUUGACAGACCGCAACGAAGUGCUAGUGUUCAACACACACAUACACACGCACAUCUCUCCCUCCUCUCUCUCUCUCACAGAGAAGAGAGAAAAGCUGUCAGCUGGUAUCAUAUCAUCUCUCUAACUGCACGAAAGCAAAAGUUCCAAUGAUGCAUUCCAUCACAUAGAGAGCCUCGAGCCAAGAACGCCGUGUGCUUGUGUGUGUGUGUGCGUCUGUGACUGUACGUGGCAGCACGCACGGCCAUGGCAGCCACCAAGAGAUCCUUCCACGGCGCCGUCGACGGCAUUGCCCGCGCCGUGGCGGAGCACCAGCUGCAGGCCGACCGGCAGGAGGAAGGCGCCGCUAGCAGGAUGAUCUUCGGCUUCCCGGUGCCCGGGGUGCCCACCACCACCCGGGCGGCUGCCGCCGUCACCCAGCAGUUCUUCCCGGCCACCGUGGCGGCCGCCGCGCCGGCGCCGGUGCCGCCGCAGGCGACGGAGCAGUGCCACGUGGCCGCGGCAGCGUCGGCGGCCGACCAGUGGGCCCGGUCGGCGUCGAGGAAGAGCCGCCGCGGGCCGCGGUCCCGGAGCUCGCAGUACCGCGGCGUCACCUUCUACCGCCGCACCGGCCGGUGGGAGUCCCACAUCUGGGACUGUGGGAAGCAGGUGUACUUGGGUGAGUUCCUGUCCAUGCGAACACUGAAACUUAGUAGAAUGAUUUGUUGGCAUUUAAUCAGGUGCCAGAUUGUGUUCACGGAUGCGUUUUUUUUCACUUCUUCCUCUCUUUUUUUAGGUGGAUUUGACACCGCACAUGCUGCUGCAAGGGCCUAUGACCAAGCUGCAAUCAAGUUCCGCGGCGUGAACGCGGACAUCAACUUCACCCUGAGCGACUACAAGGAUGAGAUAAAGAAGAUGAAGAACUUCAGCAAGGAGGAGUUCGUCCAGGUGCUCCGGCGACAGGGCGCCGGCUUCGUCAGGGGGAGCUCCAGGUUCCGGGGAGUCACCCAGCACAAGUGCGGCAAGUGGGAGGCCAGGAUCGGCCAGCUCAUGGGCAAGAAGUAUGUGUACCUUGGCCUCUAUGACACGGAGAUGGAGGCUGCGCAGGCUUAUGACAAGGCUGCCAUCAAGUGCUACGGCAAGGAGGCAGUGACCAACUUUGAGCCCCAGACGUACGACGAGGAGCUCCAAGUGCAGUCUUGGGACGGUGAGCUCGACCUCGAGCUCAGCCUCGGCUGCGCCGGCAGCGACCUUUCCACCGUCGCCGUCGAGGCGUGCAGCUCAGCGCCGAGCAGGCAGAGGACGAUGACCCUGACGCUCGACCUGCCGGAGGACGACGAGGAGACGGGCGCCGGCUACCCUCACGGGAGCAUCCGCACCAUGCCUUCCCCGAGUCCGGGCACGUUCCGGCUCCUCCCCCUGGCCGACGAUCACGCUCACCACCCCGGCGCCGGCGGCAGGGAUGACACGGCGCACAUGCUCCAGAUGGGCCAGGUCGGCAGCAGUGGAGGCGCGGCAGCGGCACACAUGCGCUGGCCCAACGGCGGCAAUAAUUGGGCGCCGCCGUACGCCACCGCCCGGGCCGACGACGACGACGGCGACGCCGCCGCUGCAGCAUCAUCAGGAUUCCCACCGGGGCAGCUGGGCCGCCGCUGCAGGAGGCAGCAGCCGCUCGCGGCGUCCAGGCCCAGCCGCUGAGCCUGCCCAGCACCAGCAACAGUGGCACUGAGCGCCACUGGCGGCCUGAAAGAUUCUAGCGAGAGCCGCCGUAAGCCUCGGCCGCCGGGUCGUUCCCUUUUCCGGGUCGGCAAGGGUGGCAGCGAGGCGAGCAGCAUCAUCCCUGCGCCCGUGGCAGGCGCGGCGGCCCACCGCCCACCGCGCCCGGCCGGCCGGGAGGAACAAUUCCGACGCCGGGAUGUAGCUGUAGGGAGGAAAUGGGGGUCACUGUGGCGACAAGAACGCUGACGGGUAGUCAGGCUGGAAAGUUUGGAGCAGUUUUGAGCAACGAGAGCUCGAAAUUUUCUGACCUGAAAUAGAUCAGACUUGGGUGACCGCUACGGUUCGUUUUGUUGUUGUUGUUGGCACCAGUUAUUCUACUAAUCUAGUACUAUUCUUAGAGUAUGCGUGGUGCUGCUCUAGGGCUGUUGAAUGGAUGAAAUGGAAGUGGAACCCUACGUGACUGUGGUCCACGUUCAAAAUUA